UCACGCUGCCCGCGGCAGCUCCCGCGACUCCCGGCGGCUCCAGUGGCGGCGCCGUUCCCCUGCCCGCGCUUCUCCCGGACGCACGGCGCGGGCACCUCCCGCCGCAGCGCAGUUACCCCGCCGAAGGCUCCGGCGGUGGUGCAGCUCAUGCCUCCCGGCGCGGAGCGCGCAGGUGGGCCAGCCGCCGUGGGGAGAUAGGCCCCCGGGGGCAGCGACGGCUGGACCAUGGCCCGGAGACCCGGGGCGCCGGCCGCCUAUGGGGAGGACUUCUCCUUCGUCAGCCCGCUGGUUAAAUACCUGCUCUUCUUCUUCAACAUGCUUUUCUGGGUGAUUUCCAUGGUGAUGGUGGCUGUGGGCGUCUACGCUCGGCUGAUGAAGCACGCAGAGGCGGCGCUGGCCUGCCUGGCUGUGGACCCGGCCAUCCUGCUGAUCGUGGUGGGCGUCCUCAUGUUCCUGCUCACCUUCUGCGGCUGCAUCGGCUCUCUCCGUGAGAACAUCUGCCUCCUGCAGACGUUCUCCCUCUGUCUCACCAUCGUGUUCCUGCUACAGCUGGCAGCUGGGGUCCUGGGCUUCGUCUUCUCAGACAAGGUGCGGGGCAAAGUGAGUGAGAUUAUCAAUAAUGCCAUCGUGCACUACCGAGAUGACUUGGACCUUCAGAACCUCAUAGAUUUUGGCCAGAAGGAGUUCAGCUGCUGUGGAGGGAUUUCCUACAAGGACUGGUCCCUGAACAUGUACUUCAACUGUUCAGAAGACAACCCCAGCCGUGAGCGCUGUUCUGUGCCUUACUCCUGUUGCUUGCCUACCCCCAACCAGGCAGUGAUCAACACCAUGUGUGGCCAAGGUAUGCAGGCCCUUGACUACCUAGAAGCUAGUAAAGUCAUCUACACCAAUGGCUGUAUUGACAGAUUGGUCAACUGGAUACAUAGCAACCUCUUCGUACUUGGUGGUGUGGCACUGGGCCUGGCCAUCCCCCAGCUGGUGGGAAUCCUGCUGUCCAUGAUCCUCGUGAGUCAGAUCAAAGAUCAGAUCAAACUACAGCUCUACAAUCAGCAGCACCGGGCGGACCCCUGGUACUGAAGAUCCAUCCUGCACCUCCUCUGUAGGGCAACAGGCGAGCCUGAUCAGCCAACAGCAGUGGUUACAGCUGCCGGCACCCAGUGGAGACUGGAUUCCAGCCCUGCAAGCCACAGACCAGUGGGAGGAAGCAAACUCCAGGCAGCAGAAAGCAGGGUGCACAGGUGGCUCUAGUCUGAGAAGGAUGUGCCUCCUCUCCUCAUCCCAGCUCUCAGCAUUAUUAUUCUGUAUUCUCUCUAACCUCAAUCAUUUGGGUUUAUGUUUUUGUUUUGUCUGAGACAGAUGCUUGAGCAACAGCAGUUGCACAGAGUUGCGGGGGCACUGGGCUUUUCACCAAGCCAUGACAACUUGACGGCCCUACUAGGGCUGCUACUGAGCUUGACCAACAUACUCAGAUUCUUGCUGUUGCCAGCGAGCCCUGCCUGGAGUCCAGUUGGCAUGAUACCAGCUCCAGAAGGGACUGGGGCGGAGCAGGCAAUGAGCCUGGGGGUCGACUGGGGACAGCAGUCUGUAUUGGGUAGGAGUGGAAGGCGAUGUGUUUACUAACUGCCUGUCCUGCCACCCUCCCAGGUAGUCAGAGUGAGCUACAUCCUGCCCCUCCCUCAUUUCCAUGGAAACGUGGCAGCAAGGGCAAGGGGUACAACAGCAACGAAAUUCAUCUCUUCUCCUUUCCCUUAAAAAAUGUUUGGAACCAUAGUCUAUAUUCUGCAGCCAGCAGAGGUGGGACUGAGCCAUAGGCGCCCUUGAAUCCCACCCUGUAUGGCCCUCCCUGCCCAGUAAGUGGAUUUUCUUUCUAAACAUUGGCAGUGUGCAGAGAAAGAGAAAUUAACACCCGCCCACCACCGCCAUUCCUCUGCAGCAAAGCUCAGUGUAAGCAGGGAUCUUGCUGGGGCUGGGGGAGCCAGAAAUGGCAAUAAAAGUUUGUUGACCUGGA